UUAUAGUUUUUCAGCUUUUUCGUACAUGCAGCUUUAUUCAAGUAAAAAUCGUAAAAGAAUAUAUCUAGUUUCUCGUUCUGUGCACAAAAUUCUUACAGAAAGUAACUUAACAUGGUUUUGCUAAACAAUGAGGAGUUUCUUACCCAGCUAACUUUAUUGUCCCAAUCAGCCAGAAGCGAAUCAUCAUUUACGAUAACUUUAAAACGAUACGACGGUCACGAUCGGCCAAAACCGCGACCAGGAAAUCCACCGCUCCCUAAACCGGACGAAUAUCAGUGCCUAAUCCGAGCCCGUUCCCGAUCUAAAAAACUAGCUACCGUCGUACGGCAUGACGAAGUGGCCAAAUUCAUGGAAUCCUACUCAAAGGUACUCAAAUCUAGCAUGGAUGGAUUGAAGAAAAUCAAAAAAGUGAAAAAUAAAGCCAAAGCAGUACAGGGAUAGUAAAUUAGUUCUUCCUAUGGCACCUGUGUUUGCUUUGAUUUUGUUCGCAAUAGAUCAAUCAGCAGAUUUGAUCGGAAUUAAGAGGAAAAACUGAAAUGAAUGGCUUUUUCCCAAACGUAUGUUUCGCACGCUAUGUAAUUUACAAUAAGUGUAAGGGUAAUAAUUUUGAAUUCAUUAAAUGCGUUUGAAUUUA